CAUGACCUUUUACUUACUCGACUCUCCACCAUAAUCAAUGGCGGACCCCAUCUUCUCCUUCCUCCUCCUCCUCCCUCUGGCUCUCCUCCUCCUCCUCUACUUCAUUGUCCGCCCCCGCCCCACCACUGUCCCAAUCAAGAACCGCCACGUCUUCAUCACCGGUGGUUCUAGCGGCAUAGGCCUCGCCCUGGCCCACCGCGCCGCCUCUGAGGGCGCCAAAGUCUCCAUCCUUGCGCGCUCUUUCGAUAAGCUCGAGGAGGCCAAGAACUACAUCCUGCUCUCCACAGGCAUCGACGUCACCGUCUUCGCUGCCGACGUACGUGACUACGAAGCAGUUUCGAAGGCUGUCGAGGUGGCGGGUCCGAUUGACGUGUUGGUCAUCAACCAGGGAGUGUUUGUGGCCCAGGAGUUAGAGAAGCAGGGAUUGGAUGAGAUCAAGUUCAUGGUGGACGUCAAUUUGAUGGGUAGCUUCAACAUGAUCAAAGCUGCUUUGCCAAGAAUGAAAGACAGGAAGGACCAUGGACCGGGUUCCAUUGCUUUAAUGUCAUCUCAGGUCGGUCAGGUUGGGAUAUACGGCUACGCGGCAUAUUCCGCUAGCAAAUUUGGGCUUCGGGGUUUGGCUGAAGCUCUACAACAAGAGGUCAUUGUAGACGACAUUCAUGUUUCGCUGAUUUUCCCUCCGGCUACUGACACUCCUGGACUCACUAAAGAAACUAAGAAGAGGCCGCAACUGACCAACAUUAUCACGGAAUCCUCUAGUGCAAUGAAAGCUGAGGAAGUUGCGAAGAAAGCUUUGGAUGGAAUCAAGUCUGCUUCUUUUAUUGUGCCUUGCAACUUUGAAGGGCUUUUGUUGUCUAUUGCCACUGUUGGGUUGUCACCUCAGAGAUCGUUCAUGAUGGCAUUUGUGGAGGUGGUUGCUGCUGGUAUAAUACGUAUUGUUGCUCUAGGAUUUCAGUGGAAUUGGUAUACAAGUAUACACAAGUGGCAUGGACAAAACAAAAGUAGCUGAAGUUCUUGCUGCAUGAUUUGGGUACUUGUUAGUGGAUUUCAGCUGUUGAAUUAUAGCGAUGAACACAGUUGCUCGAAGGAGAACUUUAAUUUUUUACUAUGAUGCUUUCAUGGUGUUCUUAGACUUUCAGACACAAGGAAGCCGAACUAUAUCUUUAAACUUUGAGUUUAGGCUUUAAAUUCCAUUUUGCUUAGAUUAUCUUGUUUAUUGACUCAGAACGAAUGUAACUCCUAUAAGGGUGUGGAUAAUUGAAAAGUGUAGCGAUAAUUUGAAAUGAAUUGCCCUAUUUUCA